AUGGCAUGCAAUUCGAAGAUCGAGAUUACAGCAUCCAGCGAGCUCUCUAGCAGAUACACGCUCAAGGAGUUUUUAGGCGAGGGUCAGUACGGUACAGUGUGGCGCUGCGAGGAGCGCACGACGGGCGAACAUUUCGCUCUCAAGUACAUCGACCUCACCAAGUGCAGCAGCAGGGCCCGCCUCGCAGCUCUCAGCGAAGUCGAGAUCCUCCAAAAGAUCCGCGAUUCUGGCUUCUCCGAUAGUGUCGUAUCACUCAAGGAAGUGUACGGGGACAACAAUUCGCUUUAUCUUGUAAUGGAGCUGUGCACUGGAGGGGAUCUUCUCGAGGUCAUCCAGAAUCAGCCCGGCGCGUUCAUCAGCGAGGCGGAGUCGCGCCACGUGUUCGCGUCCGUGGCGCGCGCCGUGAAGCAGUGCCACGCCAGCAGCAUCGUCCACCGCGACAUCAAACCCGAAAACAUUCUCAUCUGCCCGAAUUCAAAAAGCGUCCCCGCCACCGCUGCCGCAUCAGAUAACGGCGCCGCGUCGUUCUCGUACACCGCGAAGCUCGCAGAUUUCGGGCUCGCUGUGGACGUGCCGUGGUUGCAGCAGAUUCGCGGGUAUGCCGGCAGCAAGCCGUAUGAGGCGCCGGAGGUUAUGGCGGGGGUUGCGUACGACGAGUCGGCGGACAUCUGGAGCCUCGGCGUGACUCUCUACGCGAUGCUGUCGGGAAAGUGGCCGCUCUUUAGCGGAGGGAAGCGGGUCCUCGACGAGAAGGCGGAUUUCGCAUCGGACUGGAAGAACGUCUCAGGAGAUGCGAAGGAUCUCAUCCGUCGGAUGCUGUGUGUGGACGUGAACGAACGGUUCACGAUUGACGAUGUUCUGGCGCAUCCGUGGGUGCGUCCAGCAGUCGAGGCAGUGACUCAGGAAGCGAUGGAAACCGCCGAUCUGUCCGACGGACGAACGGCAGCUGUUGAUUCCGACACCGCGGGAAGCAUGUCGUCUGUGAGUGCAACCAACAGCAUGGACAGUGAUUUCGGGAGCAACGCGGAGAAGCCGCGCUGGGGUGGAAAGCUAUCUCCGCGCACCGUUCUGAACCGCGUCAAGCAGGCCUUCUCCCCUCUCAUACGCGGCCUCAUCCCCUCGACGGGCAUGCGCGGAGUGCUCCGCCGCGCCGUCCCCUACGACGCAUGCGAGCCGCUCACGAAUCCCGCGGGGAGGGAAUCCGCGGAGGGGGAAUCCGCGGAGGGGGAAUCAGCGGGGGAAUCGGCGGAGGGAUUUACGGAGGCGGAGUUUGUGCUUAUAGAGAGGGGCAACUGCCUGUUCGACGUGAAGGCGCUGAACGCGCAGCGCGCGGGAUACGCGGCCGCGGUGGUGUACGAUAACGAGCCCGGGAAGAGGCUUAUAACGACAGUUUUCGUCACUCAAUCCUCUGGCCACGCCCUAACCAACAUCAUCAACCGCUUCCCCCUACCCUCCUUCCACCACCCCCUCUCUCCGCCCAUCCUCUUCCCCCCUCUCCCCUUCCCAGUGUCAGGGCGGCACAUGUGGGGCAUCGCCAUUCCAGCAGUCUUCGUCACUCAUUCCUCCGGCCACGCCCUUAUCAACAUCAUCAACGGGUUUUCCCAACCAUCCGACUCCUCCCCCUCCUCCGCCUCCGCCUCCUCCUCUCCCUUCUCCCCCUUCCCCUCCCCCUUCUCCCCAUUCUCUCUCCCCUUCUCCUCCCCGGAAUCUCCCCCUCCCAUCUGCGUUCUCCUCCCUACCUUCGACAAUGCGGCCUGGUCUGUAAUUACCGCAUCCCUAGUCUCCCUUCUCUCCCUCUCUAUAGUCCUCGCCUCGUUUCUCUUUAUAAGACGGCACAGGCUGCGGCAGGCUGUAGCAGCCGCCGCCACAGCCAUGGGCGCGGGCGGCGCCGGUCGGCUGCUAGCGGCGCGUCAGGAGCCGCCCGGGCUGUCAGAGGAGGAGGUCAAGGCGCUUCCAGAAUUGGUUUUCCCGCCAAAAGGGAAGCAUUCGGGUAGUGUGUCAGUAUUUGGUGGUGGCUGUAGCAGGGUCGGCUGUAGCAGCUGUGGGGGAAAAGGGUUGAAGGGGACAGGGGUAGGUGGAAAGGAGGCAGGCGGGGCUGCAGCAGCAUCUGUAGCAGCAGCUGUAGCAUCACCAGAGGAAGGCGAAUUAGGGAGGGAAAGAACAGCAGGACGAGCUACAGCUGUAGCAGCAGCUAUAGCACCAGAGCAGGCGGAGGAAAGCAGGCCACUGCUACCCAGUGGGUGUGUGGCUGUGUCAGUUGCAGAUGGAAGCGAGGAUGGUGAUUGUAGCAGUGGUGAUUGUAUCGGUAGUGAUACUAGUAGUGACGAUGCUGCUGUUGCAAUGGGAGCAGAGGGAGGAGAAGGAGGAAAGGGACGAGAGGGAGGAGAGAGAGGAGAGGGAGGAGAGGGAGGAGAGGGGACAGAGGGAGCAGUGGAAGCAGGGGGAGGAGAGGGAGGGGGCAGAGAGAUGGAGACGUGUGCAAUCUGCCUGGAGGACUAUGAGUGGGGGGAUAGGCUGCGCCUUCUGCCCUGCUCGCAUGAGUUUCACGUUGACUGCGUUGACCAGUGGUUGACCACCCGCCGCCCUUUCUGCCCCGUCUGCAAGCGAGACGCACACCCCCCCAUGCACCCCUCCCCCUCCUCCCCUCCUCCUCUCACCUCCGCUUCCUCCUCCACCACCACCACUACCGCUGCUGCUCUAGCCUCCUCUUCCUCUGUCGCUGCUUCGACUGCUCUCUUUGUCUCCUCCCUGCUCUACCCCCUCAUCCGCUCCUUCUCUCCCCUCCCACCCCUGCUCACCGCAUCCAACUCCUCCAAUCCAUUUUCCACCGCACCCAACACCUCAAAUUCCGCAUCUGGAAGCAGCAGGAGAACCAGACCCUUCCGACCCUCCUCCUCUUCUUCCACCUCCUCCUCUUCCUCCUCCUACCUCUCCUCUCCAUCUCCCCACUCUCCCACAAACCCGGUUCAUCGCAGCUUCAACCGCCUCCUCCUCACUCUCUCCCCCUGA